AUGGAAGACAAUCGAAGUUGUCUCCUGGCCACUGCCCGGCCAUAUCUUCAGAUAUUCUCCGUAUUGGCUCUUACUCCACCACCCAUGUUCUUUGAAAGUACAUCGAAUUUACGUCUCAGGCGGAAUCUAAAGAUCGGAUACUGCUGUUUUGCAUGUGGAGUACUUCUUCUGGUCACCUACGAGUGUUAUGUGAAUAUACUGAGCUUGCAACAAAAACUGGAACACUUUCAUGUGGAGGACUUUAGCAAAGUUAUGGGGACCACGCAUAAGGGCCUCAUAUUAGUCAUGGCCAUCUGCAAUCACUUGAACAUGUUAUUCAACUAUCGACGAUUGGGUGGUAUUUACAAAGAGAUCGCGAAACUGGAAGCGGAUAUAGAUGUUGCCUCAGAGGACUUCGGUGGACAGAGGCGCUGCUGUAGCUUCCGCUUCCGGUUGGCCAUCUGUGUGGGUCUGUGGAUGGUACUCCUUGUGCCCCUGGUACCAUCUUUCAGUUAUGACCGCCUAAGUCUGUUCCAAAGCGAGACAAAUAAGAUCAUAACAGAAAUUGUGUUGAUUAUGCUGCAGUUGAAGGGACCGGAGUAUUGUGUGUUUGUAAUGUUUGUCUAUGAGCUAAUUCUCCGGGUUCGGCAUACUCUGCAGCAGAUUAAUCAGGAGCUGGAGGAUUGCGACUGUCGGGACAGGCUUCAGGAGCUGUGUGUGGCCCUGAAGAGAAAUCAGCUUUUUGUUGGUCGAAUCUGGCGACUUGUCGGUGAGCUGGGCAGUUAUUUCACCCUAUCCAUGAUGCUGCUGUUCAUCUACAAUGGUUUCACCAUUCUCCAUAUGGUAAACUGGGCCAUCAUAAAGACAGGCCAUGAUUGCUGUCCAUAUAAGCGCGUGGCAGUAAGUGUGACACUUACUCUUAACCUGUUAUUGGUCUGCUCCUACAGUGAAUGCUGCACCAAUGAGUAUAAAGGCAUUCCACGUAUUCUGCGUAAAAUUCGCAACUUGUCGAUCGCGGAAGAAUUUCCUACUUUGAAAAUGGGUUUAAGGGAGUAUCUUCUUCAAAUGCAGCAUCUAAAGCUGCUCUUCACUUGCAGCGGAUUCUUUGACAUUAGUCUAAAAUACUUUGCCGGGAUGUUGGUCACCAUACUCGGCUAUAUCAUUAUUCUAGUUCAAUUCAAAGUCCAGGCAUUUGUUGAGACGCAAAAAAAGGAGGAUAUACUAAAUAAUUAGAUAAAUAUAUUUU